AUGUCUACCGAAAAGAUUUCUUUCUUGCUUAAUUGGCAGCCAACUCCAUACCAUAUUCCUAUCUAUAUUGCCCAAACCAAGGGCUACUUCAAGGAACAAGGUAUUGAUGUUUCAAUCUUGGAGCCAUCCAACCCUUCUGAUGUUACUGAGCUCAUUGGUUCUGGAAAAAUUGACAUGGGAUUGAAGGCUAUGGUUCACACUUUGGCUGCAAAAGCCAGAGGUUUCCCUGUCACAUCAAUUGGUUCCUUGUUAGACGAACCAUUCACUGGGGUCUUGUAUUUGGAAGGUUCUGGAAUCACUGCAGACUUCCAAUCUUUGAAAGGAAAGAGAAUUGGCUACGUUGGUGAGUUUGGCAAGAUCCAAAUCGACGAAUUGACCAAACACUACGGAAUGACUCCAGAAGACUAUACCGCUGUGAGAUGUGGCAUGAAUGUAGCUAAGUACAUUAUCGAAGGUUCCAUCGAUGCUGGUAUUGGUAUUGAAUGUAUUCAGCAAGUCGAAUUGGAAGACUAUCUAAGAAAACAAGGAAGGCCAAUUUCUGAUGCUAAGAUGUUGAGAAUCGACAAGUUGGCUGAACUUGGGUGCUGUUGUUUCUGUACUAUCUUGUACAUUGCAAAUGACAACUUCUUAAAAGAGAACCCUGAAAAGAUUAGAAAGUUUUUGAAGGCGGUGAAGAAUGCUACCGACUUUGUUCUCACUAACCCCAAGCAGGCUUGGGAGGAGUACAGCGACUUCAAGCCGCAGAUGACUUCGGAAUUGAACAACAAAAUGUUCGAAAGAUGUUUCGCCUACUUCUCAGACUCAUUGUACAAUGUACAUCGUGACUGGAAGAAGGUAACUGCCUAUGGUAAGAGAUUGGAUAUCAUUCCUCAGGAUUUCCAGUCCAACUAUUCGAACGAGUACUUGUCUUGGCCAGAACCAAAGGAAGCUGAGGACCCAUUGGAAGUUCAAAGGAAGAUGGCUGUUCACCAGGAUGAAUGUAAAGCUUGUGGAGGUUACAGAAGAUUGGUUCUUUCGUAG